AUGGACAUGAUUACAAAGCGUGGUUACUACCUUAACGAUGGAAUCUACCCUAGGUGGGUUGCAUUUGUUAAUGCUUAUCCGCAUCCAGUGGAACAAGAUGAAAAGACAUUUAAAAGACUACAAGAGACUGCAAGAAAGGAUGUUGAGCGGGCGUUUGGUGUUCUCAAGGGAAAAUGGAAGAUUUUGGACCGUCCCCUCCGACUAUGGACAAAGGAAAAGAUCGGAAAAGUCGUCGCUGCGUGUACUAUACUACACAACAUGAUCAUCAAAGACAACGGGCGGGCAAUAUCACCAAUUCAUAUUAUGGAUCCACCUGUGCCAAGAGUUUAUAACCCGGAAGCAAACAGGGAGUUACAGGACGAGGACGUGCAUCAUCGGCUCCGAUAUGAUCUCACGGUGCAUGUAUCGGCUUAUGACUUAUCAUACCUUGACGAUCCAACAAUGCAACCACCAUCAGUUGCGAGUUUGAUUUAG